CAGAACGUCUCUGCGUCCGGGCUGUAGCAGCGCGAGAGGGAAGAGCGGUGCGUGCGCACUGGCGAACAGGGGAGAAAGUCGUUUGCCACUUUGUUUCGCACCAUAUGAGCAUCAGAAACCGAGGCAAAUAACUUUUUUUGUUAAUUUCACGGACUUAACGGAUGCCCCUGGACAUAGGAAACCAGAGUUAGCCUCUCUUGCUCCUUCAAGUAGGCUACUUUCUUUGGGAUGGGCUAUUUUCAUAACGUCAUUUCAUUCCUCCCUCUUUUUCAUUUUCUCUUUCUUUGAUUCUUUCUCCCACCAUUUCCUAAAUGGAACAGAUUGCAGCACCCCACGCGUUUUCCUGCCUGCAAAGUGUGGUUUCAAACGUGUACAGAGUUUGCGCGUUCUCUUUUGCCGGGCGUCUCUUGAUUUAACGGACUCGAAGUGGAAGUCAGAAGUGGCGGCGGUGGAAGUGUUAAUCAUGAUGAGGCUUACCAUGAUUAACGUUGAAAAAUGAUCCUCUAACUUGUCGGUGUUUUGCCACAUUUCAAGUCACGCUCUCCCCUUUCAACAUGAUGUAUUCUCCUCUCUGUCUAACUCAGGAUGAAUUCCAUCCGUUCAUCGAGGCGCUGCUGCCGCACGUGCGUGCCUUCGCCUACACCUGGUUCAACCUGCAGGCCCGUAAGCGCAAGUAUUUCAAAAAGCACGAGAAGCGGAUGACCAAGGACGAAGAGCGUGCCGUCAAGGAUGAGCUCUUGGGCGAAAAGCCCGAGGUCAAACAGAAGUGGGCGUCGCGCCUCCUCGCCAAGCUCCGUAAAGACAUCCGGCCUGAGUGUCGGGAGGACUUUGUGCUGUCCAUCACAGGGAAGAAGCCUCCAUGUUGCGUCCUCUCGAACCCGGACCAGAAGGGGAAGAUGAGGCGCAUCGAUUGUCUGCGGCAGGCGGAUAAAGUCUGGCGUCUGGACCUGGUGAUGGUGAUUCUGUUCAAGGGCAUCCCACUGGAGAGCACGGAUGGGGAGCGGCUGGUCAAAGGCGGCCAGUGCUCCAAUCCCAUUCUCUGUGUCCAGCCUCAUCACAUCAGCGUGUCCGUCAAGGAGCUGGACCUCUACCUAGCCUACUUUGUGCAGGAGAGAGAAGCUGAACAGAGCAGUAGUCCUCGCACAGGCAUUGGUUCAGAUCAGGAGGACAGUCGAGCAGCCACCAUGGAUGCUCCAGAGUUUCAAGAGAGCUUUGUAACUUCGGGCGUCUUCAAUGUAACAGAACUGGUGCAAGUAUCAAGAACACCGGUGGUGAUGGGCACGGGGCCAAACUUCUCUCUCGGAGAGCUGCAGGGUCAUCUUGCUUAUGAUCUGAACCCUUCAGGGGUGGGAAUGAGGAGAACCCUUCCCAGCACCUCCUCUAGUGGAAGUAAGAGACACAAGUCAGGAUCCAUGGAGGACGAUAUAGACACCAGCCCAGGGGGCGAGUACUACACCUCUCCCAACUCCCCUGCCAGCAGUUCACGCAACUGGCAAGAGGAGAUGGAAGGAGGAAUCUCCCCUACAGUUAAGAAGACAGAGAUGGAUAGUCCAUCUCCUCAGGAGAGCUCUCCACGUCUCGGCUUCACACAGCACCACAGACCUGUCAUUGCAGUGCACAGCGGUAUCUCUCGGGGUCCGCAUCCCUCCUCGUCUCUGCACUUCCCUGGCGCUCCCAUUCUCCCCCAGACUGCCUCCACCUACUUCCCACACACAGCCAUCCGGUACCCCCCGCACCUCAGCUCUCAAGACCCGCUCAAGGAUCUUGUCUCUCUGGCCUGUGACCCGUCCAAUCAACAGCCCAGCCCGCAUACUCUGCUCCCGGGACGCCACCUGCCAACCGCUCCUUUGUAGGAAUUGGUUCUCGAGACACUGGCAGUUUGUAUCAGGCACAGAAACCUAACCACCAUGAAAAUGUUAAAAAUUCAAUCUUGAUUUCAAGCAGUAUUUGAAAAUUUCCCUUGAACCCCAGUGCCCUGAGGAAACACUACAGCAGCGCUAGUCUGGACCCUCUGAGAGACCCAAGCCUCCUGUGUUCAAUUAUAGAUCAGAAAUGAGCAGAUACAGUAUCUACCGCUGGACCCUCAGCUGCCAAAUGAAAUGUAGCCUUUCACAUUAAAUAUACAGCCAAUGUAGAUACAACACCUUAACCAAUAUAUGGGUAAUUCAUAGAAUGUCUGAGGAAUUAUUUAACAUUUUUUUCUGUCAAAUCAACC